AUGAUAAAAGAAACACACGGCGAGCCCGGUGGUGAGCCAACAAUUGAUUCGGUAAAAGAUAAAGAAAUCGAACGAUUGGAGAAAUCGAUCCGGGAAGACAGCGAACCAAAAAAGGCCAAAGAGACAGCUCUGAAAAAGGCUGCUGUUGAUGAGUGGAAGAUCGAGCAGGAAAAGGCCAAGCAGAGGGCUAAAGAGGCCCAAAAAAUCAAGGACAAGGAAUUCCGUGAGCGACUGCGUGAUGAUUUCGGAUAUGGCGACGAAGAAAUUGAGAAAAUACUCGACAAGGAGAGACAUAAGGAGAAAUUCAAGCACAAAGAGCACGAUACCAUUAAUAAGGAGAAAAAAGAUGCUUGGAUCAAGCACGACUCCAACUACAUCAUCAUCAAGAAAUGGGUUACCGAGGACUUCCAGGAAGAACUCUUUGCCCACUCCCGCCGAAUUCGCGAGGGCAAGGUCAUUCACUCGAGCACCUCAAUCAACCGGCACGUCGCCAGCCCCCGCAGCUCCAAGAAGCAAAUCAAAUUUGAUUUUCGCCGAAGCAAUAGCCCUCUUAUCGGCGAGGAGAGGUCGAAAUUUUACCACGGCACCGGCCGGGACAUUCGAAUCAUAGCCGAGAACUCUCGUGGACGACGUCCGCAGCGUGCUGAGCAGUAUUACGACGUUGAGGAUGAAAGCCAAGGAGAAGAAUUGGAGGGCCAACUCUCAGCCGUUGAGCAAUACCAGGAGGCUAGGGCAGGCCGCUCUGCCACUGCUGCGCUACCUGGCGACAAUGGCAGCCGAAAGAGUAGAUCAAACAGCAGCCGUGAAAGCGCAACCGGCACCAAAACAGGAGGUGGAAAUAACAUCAGGCUGAUGAUGGACGGAAUGCAACUCGCACUUAAAGAAGAGGCGGUCCACGGAAAGAUGAUUAAUAUUCGAGGUGAUGACACCGGCGGAUUUCGCCUCGGUCUUGGGGGAAAUGCAAACCGCAAGCCGGAAGCUCGCAGAAGCAGAAGUGAAGAAAGAGACGAACGCGAACGAAUCGAUCCCGAGAUCGAGAUGGCCCAAGGAUAUACGCGCGAAGAUGAAAGAAGGCCCGGGCAGGAAACCCAUGAUGAACUUCUAGAGUUUUCUCAUGGCUCCAAGGGCGAGUUCAACUCGUCACAACCGGAGAUUUCGACUGGAAAAGUGACCACUGAAGAUGGUGAUGAUGAUUCAAUCGAUGAUGAACGAGGAGGGUCUAGAGUAUCGAUAUAUCUUUGUUGUCAGUGCUCAGGACUGGUGAAUAUGUACUUGUCAACCGAACGAUGUCCACUCUGUGGCCACGGGAGAUGCAUGUAUUGCAAUGCGGCUUAG